GGCCUUUGGAUCUGAAUUUGUGCUCCAGCACUGUGGUCAGCUCCCAACACGUCCCACAUUUCAAACGCGCAGUACCGCAAAUGAAUCAAAGAGCAGGAAGUGGCCAUCGACCGCUUUGAACUGACAGAUCCCAGCAGGAAGCAGAGCUAGUCAAUGGAUGAGCCUCGAUCCUGAAAAUCUUUUACUCAUCCAACAUCCCUUCCCAUCCAUAAUACCUUGUUUUUCAAAUCCCCGACGGUGAGUGGAGAGUUAAAAUAUAUAAAGCACGUAAGCAGCAGCAAUCGCUUUUGGUUGGGGGAGGUUGCCUUGCCUGUACUUGCAAACAGCUACACCGGCCGCUUUCAACGUCAGGCGUCCUGUUAAAUUGUAUCGUUGUAGCAUUUCUGACGCUGAAUUGAUCUGCUUGGGUUUGGCUUUCAACAGCAGGAUUGGUUUGGGCUUUUGAGUUACAGAAAUUGAAACACUAUCAUUGGACUUUCAUGGGCUGUUGCAUCGCUAAUUCUAUUGUCUGCCGACAUCUCUGAUAUUAAUACCAGUUCCAUCGGUUUCUGUGCGAUUUUUCGUUUCAUUUGGGCUCACUAGCUACUACAGUAAAGCAAAAUGUUGGAUCCAUCGUCCAGCGAAGAGGAAUCUGAGGAUGUCGUGGAAGAAGAAAGCAAAGAGGUCAUGGCACCUCAGGCUCGGCUUUCCCCGAGCCGGACCAGCGAGAGCUCCGGCGGGCUGCAGCCCAGCAGCCGGAGCAGCAGUGUCCGCCCGUCCAGCCCCAGUCCGUCCGUGGUCAGCGAGAAGGAGAAGGAAGAGAUGGAGAAAUUGCAGAAAGAGGAGGAGGAACGAAAGAAGAAGCUGCAGCUGUACGUCUUUGUGAUGAGAUGCAUUGCCUAUCCUUUCAAUGCAAAACAGCCAACAGACAUGGCGAGGAGACAGCAAAAGAUAAGCAAACAACAACUUCAGACAGUGAAAGAUCGAUUUCAAGCCUUUCUCAACGGUGAGACUCAGAUUGUGGCUGAUGAGGCUUUUAUUAAUGCGGUCCAAAGCUAUUAUGAGGUGUUUAUCAAGAGUGAUCGUGUUUCUCGGAUGGUACAAAGUGGAGGCUGCUCUGCCAAUGAUUCCAGGGAGGUGUUCAAGAAACACAUUGAGAAGAGGGUCCGCAGCCUGCCAGAGAUCGACGGCCUUAGCAAGGAGACUGUCCUGAGCUCCUGGAUGGCCAAGUUUGAUGCAAUUUAUCGCGGGGAGGAGGACCCUCGCAAACAGCAAGCCAGAAUGACAGCCAGUGCUGCCUCCGAGCUGAUCCUCAGCAAAGAGCAGCUGUACGAGAUGUUCCAGCAGAUCUUGGGAAUCAAGAAGUUUGAGCAUCAACUGCUGUACAACGCAUGUCAGCUGGAUAAUCCAGAUGAACAGGCGGCACAGAUUAGACGAGAACUGGAUGGACGUCUUCAAAUGGCAGACCAGAUUGCAAGAGAGCGCAAGUUUCUAAAGUUUGUUUCAAAAGAAAUGGAGAGCAUGUUCAUCGAGGAGCUGAAGUCAUCUGUGAAUUUGCUGAUGGCCAACCUGGAAAGCAUGCCGGUGUCCAAAGGAGGCUCUGAGUUCAAACUGCAGAAGCUGAAACGCGGUCACAACACCUCGAUCAUCGACAUGGGGGAGGAGAACGAAAACCAGCUCUCCAAAUCAGAUGUGGUGCUGUCUUUCACGCUGGAGGUUGUGAUCAUGGAGGUUCAGGGUUUGAAAUCGUUGGCUCCAAACCGCAUUGUUUACUGUACAAUGGAGGUGGAAGGAGGGGAGAAGCUACAGACUGAUCAGGCAGAGGCUUCCAAACCAACCUGGGGAACUCAAGGUGACUUUACCAGCACACACCCGCUGCCCGCUGUGAAGGUGAAGCUGUUCACAGAGAGCACUGGGGUACUCGCUUUGGAGGACAAGGAACUGGGAAGGGUCGUCUUGCAUCCAACACCAAACAGCCCUAAGCAAUCAGAAUUGCACAAAAUGACAGUUUCCAAAAACUGCCCCGAUCACGACCUGAAAAUCAAACUGGCUGUCCGCAUGGAUAAACCUCAGAAUAUGAAGCAUUGUGGGUACCUUUGGGCAAUUGGUAAAAAUGUUUGGAAGAGAUGGAAGAAAAGAUUCUUUGUCCUGGUGCAGGUUAGUCAGUAUACCUUUGCUAUGUGCAGUUACAGGGAAAAGAAGGCAGAGCCACAGGAACUGCUGCAGCUUGACGGAUACACCGUGGACUACACUGACCCACAGCCAGGGUUGGAGGGUGGCAGAACAUUCUUCAACGCAGUGAAAGAAGGAGACACUGUGAUCUUUGCCAGUGACGAUGAACAGGACCGAAUUCUAUGGGUCCAGGCUAUGUACCGCGCCACUGGCCAGUCCCACAAGCCUGUGCCCCCCACCCAGGUCCAGAAACUUAAUGCCAAGGGAGGAAAUGCACCCCAAAUGGAUGCCCCCAUUUCCCAGUUUUCUGGACUCAAGGAUGCAGACAGAGCUCAAAAGCAUGGAAUGGAUGAAUUUAUCUCAGCUAAUCCUUGUAACUUUGACCACGCUUCACUUUUCGAGAUGGUACAGAGACUUACUUUGGACCACAGGCUUAAUGACUCCUACUCCUGUCUGGGCUGGUUCAGUCCAGGGCAGGUGUUUGUUCUUGAUGAGUAUUGUGCCCGAAAUGGAGUCAGAGGCUGUCAUAGACAUCUCUGCUAUCUCAAUGAUUUACUUGAACGAGCAGAAAAUGGAGCAAUGAUCGACCCAACCCUGCUACAUUACAGCUUUGCUUUUUGUGCUUCACAUGUUCAUGGCAACAGGCCUGAUGGAAUAGGAACAGUGACAGUCGAGGAGAAAGAACGUUUUGAAGAGAUAAAAGAAAGAUUGCGUUUACUUCUAGAAAAUCAGAUCACACAUUUCAGGUAUUGCUUCCCGUUUGGUCGGCCUGAAGGUGCUUUAAAAGCCACGUUGUCUUUACUAGAAAGGGUUCUGAUGAAGGAUAUAGUAACCCCGGUUCCACAAGAAGAAGUGAAGACUGUAAUCCGCAAAUGUCUUGAGCAAGCCGCAUUGGUCAACUACACUCGACUGUCUGAGUAUGCCAAAGUCGAAGGGAAAAAGAGAGAAAUGUAUGAGCAUCCUGUCUUCUGCUUGGCCUCUCAAGUGAUGGAUUUAACCAUUCAAAAUGUAGGCCGCUUAAUCACUCCAGCCAAAAAACUCGAAGAUACGAUCCGUCUGGCUGAACUGGUGAUUGAGGUCCUGCAGCAAAAUGAGGAACACCAUGCAGAGGGAAAAGAGGCCUUUGCUUGGUGGUCAGAUUUGAUGGUAGAGCAUGCAGAGACCUUCUUGUCACUGUUUGCUGUGGACAUGGAUGCAGCGUUAGAAGUGCAGAGCCCAGACACCUGGGAUAGCUUCCCACUUUUCCAACUGCUCAAUGACUCCCUGAGAAGCGACUAUAAUCUGUGUAAUGGAAAAUUCCACAAACACCUGCAAGAUCUGUUUGCUCCCCUUGUGGUUAGAUAUGUCGACCUGAUGGAGUCAUCAAUUGCACAGUCAAUUCAUAGGGGCUUUGAGCGGGAAUCAUGGGAGCCUGUAAAGAGUUUAACAAGUAAUCUGCCCAAUGUGAAUCUACCAAAUGUGAAUCUUCCUAAAAUACCAAAUCUACCAGUUAACCUCCCACAAAUGCCUAGCAUUUCUACUCCGUCAUGGAUGGCUGCUAUAUAUGACUCUGACAACGGCUCAGGCACCUCGGAGGACCUGUUCUGGAAGCUAGACGCCCUGCAGACCUUCAUUCGGGAUCUGCACUGGCCCGAGGAGGAGUUUGGAAAACACCUUGAGCAGAGGCUAAAACUCAUGUCCAGUGACAUGAUUGAGUCUUGUGUUAAAAGAACAAGGAUUGCAUUCGAAGCUAAGUUGCAGAAAAGCAGCCGGUCGACAGAUUUCCGUGUCCCACAGUCAAUAUGCACAAUGUUUAAUGUGAUGGUUGAUGCCAAGGCUCAGUCUACAAAACUCUGUGCCAUGGAAAUGGGCCAGGAGAAACAGUACCACUCCCAAAUAGAUACACUUAUAGAAGACACUGUUAAAGAAAUGAUAACCCUCUUGGUUGCAAAGUUUGCUGUCAUACUGGAAGGAGUCCUUGCUAAACUGUCAAGAUAUGAUGAAGGAACACUAUUUUCAUCAUUCCUGUCAUUCACAGUGAAAGCAGCCUCAAAGUAUGUGGAUGUACCAAAACCUGGGAUGGAUGUUGCUGAUGCCUAUGUGACCUUUGUGCGCCACUCUCAGGAUAUCCUCCGUGAUAAGGUCAAUGAGGAGAUAUAUAUAGAAAGGUUAUUUGAUAAAAGGAUGGAUGAUGUUAGUUCUUUCAUGUACCUGAGAAUAUUUGAGCAAUGGUAUACCAGUUCAAUGAAUCUUAUAUGCACCUGGCUGACUGACCGGAUGGAUCUGCAACUUCAUCUUUAUCAGCUGAAAAUUCUUAUUAGGAUUGUAAAGAAAAAAUAUAGGGAUUUUCGACUUCAAGGAGUCCUUGAUUCAACCUUAAACAGCAAGACGUACGAUACCAUUCGUAAUCGACUAACUCUGGAAGAGGCUACCUCCUCUGUGAGUGAAGGAGGCGCCGGUCUCCAGGGAAUAACAAUGAGGGACAGUGAUGAGGAGGAUGAAGAUGAUGAUUAGAGAAUCACUUAUAGAGCCCCACUUUUGACUUUUGUCUGGUAACCAAUGCAUGUACCAACUCUGUUAUUCACUUAGUCACUCUAGGAUUUUUUGUCAGCUGUUAAAUGCCCAUGAAGGAAAGUAACAGUAAUAAUAAUAAUAAUAAUAAUAAUAAUAAUAAUAAUAAUAAUAAUAAUAAUAUAAUAAUAAUAAUAAUAAUAAUAAUAAAAGAUUGACAUUUUAGCUGUGUGAUAAUAAAGUUAGCACCAGUCUUUGAUUCAUUCAUUUCUAAAUCCAUUUAUAUGUUCCUAAGCAAUAUGGAGUACCAUUUGUUUGAAAAUGUUAAGUGAGAUAAUUAGGAAUUCCGCUAGGUGUGUCCCUGUUAAACGCAACCCUGUAUGGCGCUUCUUUGACGUACUGUAUAUACUUUGAUGGUACAUUGUUGUGAAGAUGAGUGUAGAGGCCCUUUUUAUUUGUUUCAUUUGUUUUUAAGUGGAUGCCAACUGUUUAAAAUAAAAUAAGCUCCUGUACUAAGUUAAGGCAAAAAAUUAUGUGUUUCCUUUUUUUUCCCCUUGCAUUUCUUAAUGGUCAGUGUAUUUUUAGAAUUGAGUUCUUCAUUUGGCUUGACACGUUACAUUAUCAUCUGUUACUAGCUAAAUGUUGUUUAGCCAAGAUUUUUAUUUUAAUGAGUUGGUUCCAUUGUGAUAUCAAAGAAAAAUGAUUUUUUUUUUUUUUUUCAUGUUUUGUAACUUAUGAUCCCUAAAGUGUUCUAUUUUAUUUAGGUAGAUCUUUUACAUAAGGUUUAUGAAAACCAAAGUGUCCUCUUUAUCUAUCUUGUUUUAACCAUUCCUGAAAUUGAAAAUGUCUUUAUAAUUAUUUGUAUUUCAAUAAUAUGAACGGUCCAACAUUAUUUUUUGUUCCUCAGUUGUUUUGUAUAUAUGAUGCUGUACAUUGCAUUUUAAGCAGUAGCUGCAUGUUCCAGGAUUCAUCUCUUCUCCCAAGGCUUUUGUUUCUGUGUGAGUUAGCCAGUGGAUUCAUAUUGCUUUGGCCUUAUAAAAGCCUUCAGUUGUAAUAUGCAAGAACUGUGGCCUCUCAAUAAAAUAACUACAAAUAUACAA